AUGAGCGAUCCGAGUACUGAGGCUUUAUUCAAUGCCUCUAUAAUCCCAAAUACAUACCCAACAAUCGCCCUGGGUACACCCACCCAAACCAAUCAACCAUCCUCUCCAAUUCAAACUCAUAUGGAUAUCUCCAGUCCCAUCCGACAAACCACUCAGUCCCUAAAUGCAGCAUUCAGAGCAGGUGACUUGAAUUCUCUCGACGACCCAUUUGCUACACAAUUGUCAAAUGCAGAAUUUUCUGCCAAGUCUCACCGCCCGUUCCUCCAAGAUAGGAAGCGAGGCCCCUCCACUACCGCGAACAAUCACUGCGUCCACCUUAACUAA